ACAGUCAGAGCAGGUGAGGUCACUGUCAGAGCGGCACAGGUGAGCUCCGGACUAUCGAUCAGCACCGGCGAAGCGUCGCCUUACUGGGAUUUGAAAAAGAAGGAAAGAAAACAGUUUUACGGUCGAUGACAAAGGCUCUGGAGCGGAGCAUCAAGGAAGCAUUGCCGGGUGGUGCAGUGUGUUUGGAGACUGCAGUGGAGUCCAGGCUGGAGAAGAGAGAGAGGCUGAGGAGACAACAUGCCCACUGACGGGGAGCCCACGGUCACAGUCAAGAUGCUGCAGCUGCUGCUACUCUCCACCUACUGGGGGAUGCAGAUCUGGGUCACCUUCAUUUCAAGCUUUGUGAUGGACAACCACCUGAACAGACACACCUACGGGUUCAUCCAGAGUCGCCUCGUCCCGUUUUACCUCCACCUGGGUUCAGCUUGUGCCUUCUUCAACCUCACCAUCUACGCUGUGUAUCACCCCAGUGACAUGCUGAACGACAGAGAAGCCUUUCAGAUCUUCAUCUUCUUCGUGUCGGUGACGGUCGCGGCCGUCAACGCCCAGUGGUUCGGCCAGAUGACGUCGGAGAUCAUGGCGGACAUGCACCUGAUCGAGCAGGCGUGCGGGCUGGGCCAGGACAUCGGGCUGUCGUCGAACCGCGAAGCUUACGCCAAGCUGUGCGACACGGACGCCAAAUACAGACACAUGAGCAGUCGCCUGUGGCUCUACAGACUGCUGUCGUCCCUCUGCAACCUCUGCUGCAUAGGCUGCAACUUCUACAGCCUCUGCUACAUGGCGGAGAACCUCGGCACGCUUUAAACCGACACAGAGCUGCUGGACUGUAACAAAUAUCACUCCCACAUCAACAAUUUUCUUUAAAUCAAAGCAGUAAGUUAUAUAUUUAAUACACCAAGUCUCUCACUCUGCCUUAUUAGUUAUAAGACAAAAAAGUCAGGUUAUCCUUGUUGUGCCUUGGGGAUUAAUGAAAGGAUACAGCCACCAUGCUUUUUUUUUUUUUUUGGCCCUAUUUUUUUUUUUUGGGGUUUUGAGACAAUCGUGGUCAGUAAAGCUGCGUUUCUCUAAAAGGUUGUAGGGAGGCAAAUAAGCACGUGCAAUGACUAAUGCCUCACCUUUCACCUAGUGUGGCUGUGGCUGGUGGCACCUUGAUAUGACACCCUCCACCCAUACCACAUGGUGCCUUUAUGCAACCUAAACAUGAGGGAUGUUGUUAAAUAUAAAAGUUGUACAUGCAGUACGGAGAAACCAUAGCAGUAAAUAUCAAAAUGUGCUACAUGUUUUUUAAUUUUUUAAAUGUAAGCUAAAAGAACAUUUUAAAAAGGGAGCGUCCUCCAUGCUGCUCAGUCCGGCUCUUCCUGUUUGGGUGCAGUUUGAAUACUUUUUUCAGUGUGGUGUCACAGGUUUGUCCGGCUUACCUGAAGAGCACCUGUGAAGUGAAAGGUUGUUUAUUAUCAUCCAUCUUUAGUUCUCCAGGCUGCUGGUAUGAAACAGAAAGAAUUGUGAAGACUUGCUGAGAUGAUGUGGGUCUAUUUUGACUAAAUGUCUGUAAUGAUAAUAGUUUGGAGCCCCCAGGAGAUGAUAAAUAACUUGCAAAGAAAACCUUUCGGGGGCUCAGUAUUGUUGUCUACUUGAAGACCUGAAUGAAAUCUCUCUCAUUGACCCUUUCACUAUUCACCACAGUACGACCUCCAUUACCUUACAGUGUGCCUCAACUGAAAAUCACAUCAGAUCUUUUAAAGAUCUACAAAGCUGUUGCAUCCGUAGCUUGAAUCCCUCAAAGUCUGUUUGACUUUGUUCUCAAAAUAUACAGCCGUGUUUGGAAUUGAAGCCAAAUAUUUGUUUUUCUUUUGUGUGAGAGAAGUUCUGGUUUAGACUUAUGUCAACAAACCUCUCCAUGCACUUUUUUUUUAUUUUGUAACUGCUUAGGUGAAGCUCUUAUAUCGAUGUGUUGGCUGUGUUUAUCACGUCCAUUAAACCAAAGAUUUAAAAAAAGUACAGUAACAGCACAUCAGAGCAGCUGAGUAUUUAUUCAGAAACUCCUUUUUGUGUUUUUCCUUGUUUGUUCAGGCUGGAGUGAUGAAGGUGUUUAUAAUGUAACUGCCAAAGACAAUGCAAUAUUACCUGGUUUUAAACUGCACAUCCUUUUUUAUUGUGUCGCCUGUUAGCUCUGCCAGUCUAAAUUUAAAAUAAAACUGAAUGCAAAAAUCAUUUGACAGUUUUCUGCUUAAACACAAAAGCAGUGCUGUGUAAUUUUUAGAGGAUGAUUUAACAUGAAUUUGUGGAUAUUUAUGCUAGUGCCUUAAUGUUAAUGGUUAUAAGUGUUAUUGUGGUUUGUGUAAUACUGAAUGUAAGUUGCCUGAAGACCAGUGAGGUCAGUGGUUGGUAGUGGGUUUGUGUCAAACACGAUUUGACAGUCUGGUUUUUUUGUAUUAA